UCGUAAGUCGGGUACCUAUUUUUCAAAUUUUAUUGUUAAAGAAUUAUUAUCAAAAAUCUAACUUUGUACGGGUUCCGGAAAUUAUUAUGACGGCAGUUGAAAAUAAUUUGUUACUGGUGAUUUCUGUGCUAUUUUCGAUCUAUGUGUGGAUAAAUCGGGCAAAAUUUAAGCUCAUAUGGCAAAUCAAUGGUGCACGUGGAAUAUUUCAACAGCCAUUGUUGUUUAUAUUAAUGUGUUUUAUGCUUGAUCCAAAAAGAUUAUUGGAAACAUUGCGAUAUCUUCGAAAGUAUUUUAAAAGACCAUUAGCAUUUUUGUUCGGAUCUCAAUCCGUACUCUAUGUGGAUGAUCCGGUUAUGAUGGAAAGAGUUUUAAACUCACCAGAAUGUUUGGAUAAAACAUUUUUACAGGACGGAUUUUUCGUACGAAAGGGAUUACUACAUGCGAAGGGUCAGCAAUGGAAAAUCAGGCGAAAGCAACUCAAUCCCACCUUCAGCUAUGGUGUCCUCAUGAGUUUUUUCCCAACCUUCAAUAGUGUCGCCAAUUCACUACACUCCAAAUUCAGCGAUUACCUAGGUCUUCAAGAAUUCAACGAGAUCGAGGACAUUAUAAGCAGAGCUGUCCUCGUCACAGCGUGUCAAACCACUAUGGGAACUGAAACAAAUUUCCUAGAAAACGAUGAACAUGAAAUCGCCCAAACCUACAAAAAACUCUUGAGGAUAUCAUCGAUAAAAACAAUCAAACCAUGGUUACAAAUUGAUUUCCUGUUUCGAAUGACUAAAUUGUAUAACACAGACAUAGAACUCAAUAAAAUGGCCGCAGAUUUUGUCAAAGAUAUUGUGAGCAGAAAACACAACGAAUGGAAGAAGAUGAACGUAUUGAAUACAAGCUCCAGAAGUACAAGCAGAAUCAAAAUCCCAAGCACCACAGAAGUCGAAGGCACUUCAUGGGAAGAGGUUGAGGUAGAGGUAGAAGAUACGCAGCGCAAGAAAAGAAAUUUCAUCGAGCAAAUUUUCCACUUGGCAGAAAAUGGGGAAAUCACGUUACAGGAUAUUAUGGAUGAAUGCAAUUCUAUGGUUUUGGUUGCAUUCGAAACGGUCUCAAACAGUAUACUGCUGGCUUUGCUCUGUCUGGCAAUGUAUCCGGAAACUCAAAAGAAGUUACGCCAAGAGCUACACUCAACUUUUCCAAAUGGCGAUGUUUCCAGUAUAUCCGGUGAUAAUCUGAAGGAUAUGAAGUUUUUGGAUAUGGUUAUUAACGAGUCUCUACGUUUGGUUACUACCAUCCCAAUGGCAUUGAGAGGUGUCAGUAAGGAUUUUGUGUUGAAGGACGAUAUUGUUAUACCUAAGGGUACCUUCAUCAUAUUGGACACAUUUAAUAUGCAACGAGAUUCAGCCCUUUGGGGUCCGUUCGCACAAGAGUUCUAUCCAGAGCACUUUUUGCCAGAGAAUGUAGCCAAACGCCAUCCAUACACAUACGUACCUUUUAUGAAGGGAUUGAGGUUUUGCAUAGGAUGGCGUUACAGUCUAAUGCUGACCAAGGUUAUAAUAGCCAAACUCAUUCAUUCGUAUAGCUUUGAGACUGAAACAAAACUUAAGGAUUUGAAGUUCAUCGAAGGGAUAUCAUUGAAAAUAAGGGAUUGCGAUAAAAUUAAAUUUACUGUGAGUAGGGUAAGAAAUUAGUACACUGUGAUGUAUGUAUGUAUGUUUGCAUAAUAUUGUAUAUAUAAAAGGUUAAUAAAUAUAGUUUUAAAUAAA